GCGGCCCCGCGCCUACGAAACCAAACUGGGAGUGGUCGCGCGGAAACUCUGGCUCAGGAUUGGCUGCGGGCGCCCGCCGCGGUGCGGGGGGAUUGCUAAUCGUAUUCAGCAUGUUUUGCACAAGAAAUGUCAGCCAGAAAGGGCUAUCUGCUCCCUUCGCCAAAUUAUCCCACAACAAUGUCAUGCUCGGAGAGCCCCGCCGCGAACUCUUUUUUGGUCGACUCGCUCAUCAGCUCCGGCAGAGGCGAGGCUGGCGGCGGUGGCAGCGGCGCCGGGGGCGGCGGUGGCGGCGGCUACUACGCCCACGGCGGGGUCUACCUGCCACCGGCGGCCGACCUGCCCUACGGGCUGCAGAGCUGCGGGCUCUUCCCGGCUCUGGGAGGCAAGCGCAAUGAGGCGGCGUCGCCGGGCGGCGGCGGCGGCAGCGGGGGCCUGGGUCCUGGGGCGCACAGCUACGCGCCCGCGCCUAUAGACCUGUGGCUAGACGCGCCCCGGUCGUGCCGGAUGGAGCAGCCCGAGGGGCCGCCGCCGCCGCCACCGCCCCAGCAACAGCCACCGCCCCCGCCGCAACCACCCCAACCCCCGCCGCAGGCCACCUCGUGCUCUUUCGCGCAGAACAUCAAAGAGGAGAGCUCCUACUGCCUCUACGACUCGGCGGACAAAUGCCCCAAAGGCUCCACCGCCGCAGCCGAGCUGGCUCCCUUCCCGCGAGGCCCGCCGCCCGACGGCUGCUCCCUGAGCACUUCCAGCGGGGUGCCAGUGCCCGGCUACUUCCGCCUCUCCCAGGCCUAUGGCACGGCCAAGGGUUACGGCAGCAGCGGCGGCGCACAGCAGCUCGGCGCCGGCCCGUUCCCCGCUCAGCCCCCCGGGCGCGGCUUCGACCCGCCACCCGCACUCGCCUCCGGCUCAGCGGAUGCAGCCCGGAAAGAGCGAGCCCUCGAUUCACCGCCGCCCCCCACGCUGACUUGCGGUGGCGGCGGCGGGGGCUCGCAGGGCGACGAGGAGGCGCACGCGUCGUCCUCGGCCGCGGAGGAGCUCUCCCCAGCCCCUUCCGAAAGCAGCAAAGCCUCGCCCGAGAAGGACUCCCUGGGCAAUUCCAAAGGCGAAAACGCAGCCAACUGGCUCACAGCAAAGAGCGGCAGGAAGAAGCGCUGCCCUUACACCAAGCACCAGACGCUGGAGCUGGAGAAGGAGUUUCUGUUCAACAUGUACCUUACUCGAGAGCGGCGCCUAGAGAUCAGCCGCAGCGUCCACCUCACGGACAGACAAGUUAAAAUCUGGUUUCAGAACCGCAGGAUGAAACUGAAGAAAAUGAACCGAGAAAACCGGAUCCGGGAGCUCACAGCCAAUUUUAAUUUUUCCUGAUGAAGCUCCAGGCAACGCCGUUUUUUUUUUUUCCCCGCUGCCAGAGAGCCGUUCUCCUCCCUCUGUCUUCGGCCUCUGCCCAGGAACUCGCACCUGUGCCGGAGCCCCAUUCCUCCCUCCCACACUCGCCAUCUCGCUGGCCGUUACAUCUGUGCAGGGCUGGUUUGUUCUGACUUUUUGUUUCUUUGUCUGUUUGCUUGGUGCUGGUUUACUUGUUUUCUGGGGGAAAAAGCCAUAUCGUGCUAAAUUUCUAGAGAGAGAACUAUUGUCCUGAAGUGUCGAGUGGUGACUGGGCUGGUUUGCUGUCUCGGGGUUCCUCUGCUGGAAAUGGCUCCGGUCCUCCCGGUGGAGCUGGUUUCCUGCGGGGGCGGGCAAACCUAGCCGGAAGGCCGAGGUCCCAUUGUAGGCGCUGAGGUGUCUGGCCUGAGGUCAAUGGUGCAAGGAGCCGCCACCGGGCUCGCCUGCCUGGAGUGCUGGGCUGUGUUUAAUCAGGGGACACAGGCCCCUGGGUUUCUUUUUUCUUUCUUUCUUUCUUCCUUGGCAAAGAGAAGGGCUUACAGGCAUGGACAUGCAGGCUGGCAAAAGGGCUUGACUUUGGCUGAUUAAAAAAUUGAGAGUAAGAAAGAUUAAUCUUUCCUUCCUCUGCAAGAUAUCCCAGCUUUAAAAGGAAAAAAAGAAAAAGAAAAAAAAAAAAAAAAAGAACGACCAGGAGAAGGAAACUCCUCUUCCAGUUUGUGUUAGUUUUGCAUUGUGGGACUAAAUUAUUUCACUUACCUCUGAAUUUCCAUAUCCUUCUGUCUGUAGAUAAAUAACCUAAGGUAGUUUUGUUUAUGCGUGUGGAUUUAGUGGGGGUUUUUUGUCAUUAAGUAAUUGUUACCACUGGUAACACACGACAAGCACACCGCAAUUCUCCCUGUCUUGUGGAGAGUUUUCUUUCUCAUUUUCUUUUUUCUUCUUCCUCUUUCUUUUUCCUUUCUAAAAUUCAUAGAACCCAAGGAGGGCUGGGGCAAGCGGAAUAGACUAGAGAAGGGAGACUUUGUUUGGGUUUCCUUUAUACUGUGAAGUUACAUGCAUAAAAGGGUCAAACCUGUAGGUGCAGAAAAAGAAAAAUUAUAAAUACAAAUCUGUAUAAAUGUCUAUUAUUAUGAAAAAUUGCCAAUCUUGUUUUAUGCAAAUGCAUUCUAUCGUUAUUAUAAAUGUUAGUUCUAGCUCUAUUUACUUCUAAUCUUAAAUCAGAAUAAAUUAAUAUUGUAAUGCUGCUGUGCGUGGAAAAAAGACGAUGUUUAUGUUCUUAUAGAAGAAUAAAAGCUGUGGAAUGAA